UGGAUUCCCCCCAGCCCGGUCCCAGUCGGCAGAGAGCGAUGCCGCUUCCCGACACCAUGUUCUGCGCGCAGCAGAUCCACAUUCCCCCGGAACUGCCGGAUAUCCUGAAGCAGUUCACCAAGGCGGCCAUCCGCACCCAGCCUGCCGACGUGCUGCAGUGGUCCGCGGGUUAUUUUUCAGCUUUGUCGAGAGGAGAUCCACUUCCUGUAAAGGACAGAAUUGAAAUGCCCGUGGCUACCCAGAAAACAGACACAGGCUUGACUCAAGGACUCUUGAAAGUUUUGCACAAGCAGUGUAGCCACAAGCAGUAUGUGGAAUUAGCAGAUCUGGAGCAGAAGUGGAAAAAUUUGUGCCUGCCAAUAGAAAAGUUCAGAGCUCUCUUACAACUGGAUUCCUGUGAAAAAAGAAUCGAGUGGAUAAAAUUUUUAGCGCUUGGAUGUAGCAUGCUUGGUGGGUCCCUGACCACCGCAAUGAAGCACCUAUGUGAGAUCCUCACUGCCGACCCGGAGGGCGGGCCUGCUCGCAUCCCAUUUGAGACUUUUGCCUACGUCUACCACUACUUGGCCAGCUUGGACCCAGACUUCUCUCCUUCGGAGGUGGACACCUACCUUUCCACUUUAAAGGGAAGCACAGAUGCUAGAAAGAGUGGCAUGAUAGGACUUUCAGAUUUCUUCUUUGGCAAGCGGUCAAUUUAGAAAACCUUGAAGAGUCUGAAGAUGUUGGCCAUUAAUACAGAGAAGAACACAUUUUAAUGUCAAAAUAGUGCUUGUUAAAACCUUGGCACCAAAUACAACUU